AUGCUGGUGGCAUGGCUUGCUGGAGUGAUCAUGGGCGACGCCAACUUCUUCCUGAACUCGCAGCCCUUCUACGACAUGAGCAAUCUGGGCUCGUACGAGAAUAUAGACCCGUCGCUGUUCAGGGGCCAACAGCUCAUGGAUGCGGGCCGCAUCUCGUUCACAAACAGCACGAAGAUCGACCUUCGGCGAGCGAUGGCCUUCAGGAACCAGGACAUGUAUUGCGUGGCUCCGAUAUCGAUCACCCACCAGAACGGAACCUUCCAGACUCUCCAAACGUAUGACUUUUGGGCCGUUGGGGUCGGCUGCUGCUCCGGGAACAACCCCGACUUCCACUGUGGCGAGUUCAACAACCCGAGCGCGCGCGGUGGCCUGCGGCUGAUGCGCGACGGCGAGCGGGCCUUCUUCCGGCUGGCGGUGCAGCAAGCCGAGGCCACGUACAACAUCAGGGCGGUGCACCCGCUGUUCUUCACCUGGAUGCAGGAGACCCCGGCUCCGAGGUGA